AGAAGCCUCAAGCCUGUCCUGUACUGGGUGAUCCCAUGGCUUCCAAGUCCCCACAGGAAGCAACUUUAGCUGACAGGAACCCUGUGUAUGUUGGGACCCCACAGGGAGCAGGAGUGUUUGCCAGGUCUCCACCGGCAGAGGCAGUGCCCACUGAGCCUCCGAAAAUAGCGACAGUUACCUCCAGAACCACGAAGACAAGAAAACGGAGGCUUGCUGAGCAUCAGAGCAUUCCUGUCUCUGCCACCCAGGUACUACCCAUGUCCUCCAGGACCUCAAGCGUGGUGCCUGUGCAUUCUGGGACCCUACAGGGAGCACUUGUGACCAAAAGUUCCCCGCAACAGGGAUCAAAUCCCAGAAUGACUGAGCAGCAGAGGAAGAAGCGCAGGGAGCAGUGGAGACAGCAGCAGAGACAGCGGAGGCAGCAGAAAGCAUCAGACAACGUCAAAGUGUGUGAACCGCCUCCAAAAAAAAAGCUGGGUGUGGAAAUCGAAAAGGUGCAGCUGAAGCUCAAACUGGGGAACCAUCAAGCCCCAAAGCCCAGGUCCCAGCUCACCCUAAUGAUGGAUCAUGCAGCUGUGGGUCGGCAGUCACCUCCAGAAAAAAAGCAGCGCAUGGCAAACGAAAUCAAAGGCCAGCAGUUGGGACCAAGCCGCUUAAAGCAUUUAUGUAGCAUAUUCAUAUGUUUAAUGAAAUAUUUGUAAUUAUGUAUUAUUUGAAUAUAUUGUGUU